AUGAAUUAUAGCCAGUUAGAAGAGCAGGGGGAUAAAGAGCUGUUUCACUUUUUAGCAAACUCUCCCAAAGACUUUAGAGAGGGCGAGAGAAUCAGGAAGUACCAAUUGAAGAACGGAGACUACAUACACUGCAUUCUGUGGAACAUGCAUUUUUACAUUACGGGCACAGACAUUGUAAAAAUUCUGGUGUGGAGGUUUCAAAAUGCGGGGAGACACAUUGCAAGCCACAAGAAGUUUGAGGAAGGCGUGUUCUCUGAUCUGAGAAACCUCAAGCCAGGGAUCGAUGCAACCCUCGAGUCUCCUCGGUCCGACUUUCUUGAGUUUCUCUACAAGAACGGGUGCAUUCGCACACAGAAAAAACAGAAGGUCUUUUUCUGGUACUCCGUCCCACAGGAUGCUCUCUUCUGCGAUGCCCUUGAGCGCGAUCUGAGACGCGAGACAAACCUGUACACCUACAGCAAAUACAUCUGCGGAAUGCCCGGGAUGCAGAGGCCGCAGACAUUUGCGCAGCAGAAGAGAAACCUGAAAACGUACGUUAGAGACACAAAAGUGGAAGAGAAAAAGAAGGUAAUACCUAACUCCGUGAAGCCCAUGCAGAGACUGGAAGACUCCAGUGGCAUUGCGCCCAUUGAAAUAGAUCUUUUCAAGGACUCCAACCUUCCCAACCCCACUCCCGUGUUCUCCUCUGCACCGACAUCAUAUACCUCCCAUAUUCAGCAGUUUAUACAGCCCUCUAAGAAGCCAAAUGCCUCUACAAACUACAACUUCAACGAGUUGGACUUCUUCUCCGAUGACUCAGCGUUCAUUGAGAGCAUUGUGGGAGACAACUUUUCAUUUUCCCAGCCGUACGAAAAGUCUCUUAUCUUUGACACAGGAUGCAGUAAUAAAAAGUCUGAGCUAGAGGACUUUUCGUUUGUCAAUCCCAAAAAACUCACCUCUGGAAAUAGCAGUGGAUUUCAAAGAGGAUAA